AUGUCAUCGUCGUGUAGGCAGGCCGCUCGGCCGCUGCGGCGAUGCAUAAACAGCGCCACCACGACAACCCUGCCGAUACGGAGAAGCAUCUCGACGACGCCUGCCCCGGCCGCCCAGGUCUACAAAGUGGUGCGCGAGAGACCCGAGGCGCCGGAUCCCCUCGAGCUGGACCCCAACACGGCGGUAGCACCUUGGGCUGAGAAGGAUCUCUGGAAGGCUGGAACGCCCCCCGUCGGUUCGCGACGUCGCCGUUAUGCCAUCCGUACGAGCCAGAACCUCCCAUUCGAGCAGCUGCCUUACCAGACCUUCCAGGAGGCCCGCAAGAUCCUGGCUGCCGACCGCGAGGAGAAGUUGGCCGCUAUUGUCACCGAGAUGGCCAAGAUUAAGAGAUUGGAGAGUAUCGACGCGAAGGAGGUUAAGGGCGGAGAGAGGAUGCGCCAGAUGAAGUUGAGCAGUCUGCGCCAGCACGUCGAGGAGCUCAAGAUUCUGGCGGAUAUCAACGACCCGGCCGUCAAGAGGCGGUUUGAGGAUGGACUUGGCGACAUGAACAAGCCCAUCUACCGCUUCCUUGCCGAGCGCAAGUGGCGCGCCUACGAGGCACAGCUGACGGAACAGCGUAUCUCCCAGUUUAACAUCGUUCCCGAUAUCCUUCCCAAGCUGAACCCUACGUACGACGUCCAGCUCUGGUUCCGUCGUUCCAAGGUGCCCCCCGGCAAGGUUCUCCCCAGCAAUGUCACUGAGGUGGCUCCCAAGCUGCGCGUGACCCCCUUCAAUGCCGGCGAGCGUCUCGUGUCCAUUGUCAUCAUGGACUCAGACGUUCCGCAGGUCGAGACGGACGGCUUCGGCAAGCGCUGCCACUACCUCGCCGCCAACGUUCCUAUCUCCCCGACCGCCACCUCCGUCCCUCUCUCCAAGCUGCGCGACCCUUCCCAGCUUGCUCUUCCCUACCUGCCCGCCUUCGCGCAGAAGGGCAGCCCUUACCACCGUCUGUCUAUCUUCAUCCUCGAGCAGGCUCCCGGUCAACGCCUCGACACCGCUGCCCUCAAGGAGCUCUACUCCAACCGGGACGGCUUCUCCCUGAAGUCUUUCCGCGACAAGUUCCGCCUUAACCCCGUGGGCUUCAACAUCUUCCGUACAAUCUGGGAUGAGAACACGGCCGGCGUCAUGGAGCGUGCCGGUGUUCCUGGCGCAGACAUCGAGUUCCGCGCGACACGCGUGCACUCGCUCAAGGGGCCCAAGAAGGCCCGUGGUUGGGAAGCCAAGCGCCAGGGUCCCAAGUUCAAGCACCUUUGGAAGUACACCAAGCGUAUCAAGGGAUACUCCAACGCCAAGGGUCUUAUCAAGAAGUAA